AUGGUGCUCCGUAAGCACGAAUUGGAGGGGAAGCUGGGCGAAGAGAGCGCCAUGAUCAAGAGCGGCGUGCUGCGCGAUGAGAACCCGCUCGACCAGAGCGAUGAGUUUAACGAAUUCUUGCUCGCGUGUCGACAUGGCGAUUUGCGCAAAUGUCAGGAGUGUAUCAGCCAGGGUGUCAACAUCAAUGGCAAAGAUCGGUUCGACUACACGCCACUUAUCAUAGCCAGUCUCUGUGGACAUUAUGAACUUGUCCAGCUUUUAUUAGAAUCAGGUGCUCUCGCAGAACGCAACACCUUCCAAGGAGAAAGAUGCAUAUACAAUGCCCUCAACGACAGAAUACGCAACCUCCUCUUACAAUACGACUUUUCAAAAUCAUCAGACCCCUACGUCUACUGGUCCACCCACAUCUCCAGCCUCCUCACCCGCAGCACCCCUCGCACAUCAGACAUCUCACUCACCGCCGACACACGCACCUUCAACCUACACAAAUUCCUACUCGCCUCACGAACACCCUACUUCCGCAGCAAACUCGAAGCCCAGCCGGAAACACCAUCAUGGAACCUCGCCCACACUAUCCCCGUGGAAGCCAUCCAAAUCGUCCUCCGGUACAUCUACCUCGGCGACCUGCCCAAGGAUCUCGUCCCCCCCGGCAGCUUCAUCUCAGAGGAGGACGUCAUCAAGGGCCUAGAUAAAAUCAGCAAGCAGCUUGAAGUCCAACACCUCUGGGAAGCCAUCAUGGCAGGAAACGACCGCCGCCUCGCCCGCCAGCGGUACCAAGACGAAGAAGACCGCGCCAUCAAGCAAAUCGGCGAGUUUUUCAGAUCCAAAGUCCUGGGCAACAAAAUGGUCGUCGACACAGAACGCGUCAACGACAUCAAGUGGAAGUUUGACAAUCCUGCCUUUGCAGACGUGCUCCUCCGCGCAGAUGACACCUACGAGGAAACGCAACCGCUCCUCAACGGCCAGGGCAUCCCCCUUGGCACCUCCUCCACGACAACCCGCAAAUCCGCCCUCUACCCCGUCCACAAAGCCAUGCUCAUCCGUAGCGAGUACUUUGAAAAAAUGUUCUCCGGCGACUUUGUCGAGUCCCACCGCUCCGCAAACCUGCACGUCGUCACCGUAGACUGCUCGCCCGCUGUGCUCGAACUCGUCCUCACAUUCUUGUACACCGAAAACACGGUCUGUCCGCUCGAACACGCCCUGGACCUGCUGUACACGGCAGACAUGCUCUUCCUAGAUACGCUGAAGAGCAAGGCCGCCCAGGCGAUCAGCACCCUCGGCAGUGGGACGUCCAACGCGCUGGUCGACCGCACACACAAACACAAUGGUGAAAACGGCACAGCACAGGAGGUAGAGGUCGUGGAGAUGGAGCCCAUUAAUAUAUACGACGUUAUUCACGCGGCGUGGGAUCUGCGCGUACAGCGAUUGGAGGAGUUUGCGGCGCGGUACUUGGCUACACGGCUGGAGGAUUAUAUCGACGACCCUGAUUUUCAGGACCUUAUUCGGGAGAGUGCGGAGCGGAUUCAGAAGCGUGAGGAGACGGAUACGAUUGAGUUGCUGGACGAUAUACGGUAUUAUUUGUCGGAGCGGUUUCGAUUGCGGUUCGAGGAUGCGGGGUUGGAUGAGAUGAUGAUGGGUGAGGAUGGCGAGAUUACUGCUGAGGCGGCGGCGGCGUUGGCUGAAAGGGGGGAGGUGAUGAAUGGGGAUGGGGAUGCGGUGGAAGGAAAUGGUGUUGUUGCAACGUUGGAUGGGGAGAUGGCCGAGGAUGAGUUUGCGUCGGAUGCCAUCAAUUAUCAGAUUUUGUUGGGUAAGAUUGACGCCAUGUUGGAACGGUUGAAGUUGGAUGCAUAG